UCUCCUCCAGUAACAGCGCAAUGGAAGCGGGUCCGUCGGUGGUGAGCGAGAGAGUGGUCCUGAAGCUCAAGGGCUACUUCGAAUUGGCGAAGGAGGAGAUCGAUAAAGCCGUUAGGGCUGAGGAAUGGGGACUCGUCGAUGAGGCCAUUGCCCAUUAUAGGAACGCGCAGAGGAUUAUGCUUGAGGCUAAGUCCGCUAGAGUUCCUGCUCCGCUCUUCCUCUAGCAGCGAGCAGAAUCAGGUGAAGACUUAUCAGCAGAAGAAUAGAGAAAUGGCAGGGGCAGGUGUCGGAGAGACUGCAGGUGCUCUCCUCGGCGAUCAGCUGCCUGUUACGGUACCGAAGAAGGCCAGCCCAAGCAAUAUCCUUAAUAAUACAGUUCCAUCUACAGCAUCUGUGCGAAAGAAAGCUACACUCCAGAACUUACCAAGUCUGGGACGAAACAAUUUGGCAACAGGGUAUUCAAAAGGGAGCAACGGUGGUUCCAAGCCUUACCAAGAAGCUACUGGUAGUUAUGAUGCCAAAUUAGUUGAAAUGAUAAAUACAGCCAUAGUCGACAGAAGCCCAGCUGUUAAAUGGGAUGAUGUUGCUGGUCUUGACAAGGCAAAACAGACACUUCUUGAAAUGGUGAUUUUACCAACUAAAAGAAGUGAUCUAUUUACUGGCCUCCGUAAGCCAGCUAGAGGGCUGCUCCUCUUUGGUCCUCCUGGUAACGGGAAAACAAUGCUUGCAAAAGCUGUUGCCUCAGAAUCGGAUGCAACAUUCUUUAAUGUUUCCGCUUCUUCUUUAACAUCAAAAUGGGUGGGAGAGGCUGAAAAGCUUGUUCGGACUCUUUUCAUGGUUGCUGUUUCGAGGCAGCCAUCUGUUAUUUUCAUGGAUGAAGUAAGUUACUUCCCUCAUUGUUUUUGCUACAGAUGUUGAGUUUUAUGUAAUGUC